AUGAAGCAAGAAUUUCUUAAUAUGCUAACGCGGCACAAAGAAGGAACUAUGAAUCAGAGUACCCCGCAAAACAAUGACAACAUACAAAUUGCACCAACCACACAAGAGGACGAUGAGACUGGUGAACAUGCAAAUGAUGACAAUGAAGAUGCGUUACAGCAGACUCAGCCAGGAAGCGUUGUCACCGUACAAAAAGAUGCAGCACCACCUACUACUCGCUCCAGUAAAAAUACUACUAUUGUCACCAGAAAUCUUUUCAAAGAAAAUGCUGCAAAUGUGGCAGCAUCGAAGACAUAUAUCACUCAACAGCAGCUGAUGAAUAGAACAAGAAAUCCUAAAAAGAAGAAGAGUGCACCAAUCCGCAAUUUAUUGAGACAUUGGUCUACAUUUAUGUUUGCUGUCCCUGCAUGCUUAUUAGACACAUCUAAUGCAAGAAUGGUUGCACCUACACCAAAUAUGUAA